UGGGAUGGAGGCUUUGGGGAAAUUGUUGGGGUUUCUCUCUGGGGCGGCGGAAAGGAGGCGUCACGUACCCAGCAAAGCCCUCUGCGCCCAUUUUGAGAGAGGAAGAGCCUGAGCACAGAGCAAACCCCGCCUGCCCCCCAUCUCCAGAGGGAAAUUAACACACCGAGGGAGAGGGAAGAGCCUAUGGGCAGCGGGUGUUGGGGGGGCCUCCUCCCCAGUGCGGCGAAUCGGGGUCGAUAAGGCCACGGGCGUUGGGGGCCUAGCCGCCACCUCCAGCACAUGGGGCAGCAGCAGGGCCCAGGCCCGGCAGAGGGUGGGCGGGAUCCGAGUCCCCCUUGGGCUCUGCCCACCCCGGGCCUUGCUACACCGUGGGGCGGUAAGAGGCACCCAGGGUACGCGUCGCUCGCUUCCCCCCGCCCCCGCUCCCAGCUGCGGCUCGCCCCGCCCCCGCCCCCGCCCUUCACGGGGUCCUCACUCCCGCGGCUCCGCCCCUUCACUCCUCCCCGUUCCCAGCCGCGAGCAGCGGAUGGGCCCGGCCUACGUCUGUACCUGAGCCGCCGCCGCCGCGGUGUUUCUGGCCUAGCGGGGGCCGCGCCGCAUCGCCCUUCGCCCCGCCGCCAUGGAAGAGGACAUGGAGCUGGAGAGAAAGGCAGUAGAAGAGCUUCUUAAAGAGGCAAAACGUGGGAAAACCAGAGCUGAAACCAUGGGAGCUAUGGGUUGGAUGAAGUGCCCUCUUGCAGGUACAAAUAAAAGAUUUCUUAUUAAUACUAUUAAGAACACGUUACCCUCCCAAAAAGAGCAAGACCAAGAACAUGAACAGGAGGAGGAGGACAGUAAACCACCUGAGCCAAGUGAGAGCAGGAAAGAAGAAAAACCAAAGAAACAUAGAACUUAUCCUUACACACCCAGCUUUCAGGCCAGAAGAAGAGUCAGCUAUUCUCCUCCUAGGUACCGGAACAGGAGCCGGCACACAAAGGAUAAGUACGAAAAGUGACCAAACAAACAGAGAAGGUGAUGAAUACAUGCUGUUAUAAGCCAAGAAUGUAAUUAAACCUUGGACUGUGGGGAUGUUUGCUAGUCUUUUAAAAAGAAGAUCUUGUUCAAUACAGAUCUCUUAGCUUUUGUGAGAAAUAAUCUUGGAGUGGUUUUAUAGGACAUUAUUUGGGGCUCCUUAAGAGAAAAUAAAGUACAACAUUAAUUUGUUGAUUAGUUUAGAACUACGUACUUCUCCCUUUUUCUCCCCCUCCCUAAUUAAACUUAGGGACUUGCUCUCAGUGGGUGUUGCAAGUUAAUAUAUUUCAUUGUUCAGUAUGACUCUUUUAGUCCAUUUAUUUUUUUGGAAUUUAAUGUAAGUAAAUGUGUAUUUACAUGCAAAAUUAAUGGUAACUUUAAUGCUAAACUCAGUUAAAAAAACUUCAUUUGUGUUGAUGUUAAUUUUGCAGGAUAGAUCAGAUCUGAAGAAAGGAAGACUUUGAGCACUCCUAACCCACAUGUACACUUUUUCUGUAGCUUGUAAGAGGUCAAUAUCUAUCUACUGAAAGAACUGCUGACUUCUGUAGAUAAUUUCUUUAGUGUUAAGAAUAAAUUUAAAAUGGGCAAUGUUAGCUUUAAUACCUAGGAGGAAUUAUCUGUAAUAUGGAAUAUGUAAUAUGAUUCACCUGUUCUCAUAUGUUCUACAAACUGAUCAGAAGUGAUGACAAAUAUUAGCAGUAAUAAACUAUAGAUGCAAUACUUCUGUCUGUAUUUAGACUUUCCUCUUCAGAGGAAGUAGUGUGAAAAACAUAGACACAGUGCUUUGAAAACAACCUCAGCAGCUAACAUUGCCAUGUCUCUAUCCAGGCCUGUGAAUUUUACAAUUAGAUAUAAUACUAGAGUCACAGAGCAAGGAUUAAAAAAUUGUUUUUAACCACUGAUGUAAUAACUUUCAAUGCCUGUAUGACAGUUUUGUAGUGGUAGAAUUCUAAAAUUCAUAAAUGUAAUUACACAUCAAUAUACUCUGUAUGUCUUCAUUCUCUGUGUUCUGAUUACUUGUUUUGUGAAGCAUUUGAGAUUUAAAUAUCCUCAGACAUAACUAUUUGAAUGAGCAUAUGGCUUAGUUUUUGUUUCAAGUGAAUUGAGAAUAAAUCUGAAACCUGUUAACCGA